UAUUCCAUCUGCUGAGCAGGAAACUGCUUGUAUUCCUGGCAACCACUUCUCAGACGGUAAUGCUCUUCAACAACUGGCGUAGCCAUCCUAAAGACCAACGUUCGUGUGGCUAUCCCAACGACGUCCCGAGAACAUGGAUUCCAAAGAAGAUGGCACCGUGGAGAACCCCAUCAACAGAGAACCAGACACGCAGCGUUUAGUCCAAAGCUUCCUGACACCAUCCAAAGACCACGAGUUGUCCAAACCACAAGCAUACGACCGCAACCACGGACCAAUACAGCACAUCGAUGCAUCGACGCACAAAGUAACGAUCAAAUCCGACUCGAUCCCAACGACCUCGCAAGUCGUACCGAAGAGGCUCGAUCUCGUUUUGACCGUGGACGACCUCAGAUCCAAGUUCUCACAGCAUACAGUGACAUGUGCACUUCAAUGCGCAGGGAAUCGACGACACGAGAUGCGGAGCCGCGUAAAGGAGGUGAGCGGGGUGGACUGGGGUGACGGCGCAGUUAUGAACGCCGAAUGGACGGGCCCGCUUCUACGAGAUGUUCUCACCUCCGCGGGUCUGAUCGAGCAGGAGGAUGAGAAGGAGUAUGAGGGUCUUCAUGUCCAGAUGGAAUGCAAUGCAACAAAGGUCCAGGAUGACGAGUGGUACGGAUCCAGUGUGCCCUUGGCCGUGGCCAUGGACAGGGAGAGAGAGGUCAUUCUCGCUUUGGAGAUGAAUGGCACCCUGCUGCCCGCCCGCCACGGUGCGCCGGUCCGGAGUAUAAUCCCCGGCAUCAUCGGGGCGCGAAGCGUGAAGUGGCUGGACAAGAUCGUCAUCUCGCCUCGCGAGUCGCAGAAUCACUACCAACAGCACGACUACAAGGUCCUGCCUCCCGAGGCCACGUCGCCUGAAAAGGCAGAGGAGCUGGGCGUGUGGGACAGUACACCUGCGAUGCAGGAUAAUCCGAUCAAUUCGAUCGUUGCCGUUCCAGCCAAGGAUGGUGAUGAACUGAGAAGGGACGGUCGGGGAAGAGUGAAGAUAGCAGGGUAUGCGAUCCCUCAAGGCAAGGACGGGCCGGUUGAAAAGGUCGAAGUGAGUAUUGACGAGGGAAAGAAUUGGGUCGGGGCGAGGCUGUUGGAUGAUGGGGAUGAGAAUACAACGCAUCCGAGCAAUAUGCACAAGGGCAAGGCCAGGGGAAAGUAUAGUUGGGUGCUAUGGGAAGUCGAGAUCGAAGUUGAUGGGCCAAAAGAGGAUGUGAAUAUUUGGAGCAAAGCGACGGACCGCGGUGGCAAUACGAUGAAGGAAGACCAGCCCGAGGGGGACUGGAAUUUGAGAGGUGUUGGGUAUAAUGCUGUGCAGGGACGGACGGGCGUGAGGAUCCUUUGAUAGCACAAACGAAGGGGAGAGGAGGCGGAAGCUCAGGACAGGCUUACAGAUUGGAUGCCGACUUCCACCGAUUGUAUAUUAUUGCCUUUUUAAGUCAACCAUCCUUUCU